UUUCUGUAUGGACAAUAUCGCCGCGUUAAAAGAGGCAUUUUAAGAAGUCUCAGUAAGACAGUCUUAAUAUACAGAAUGUUUACCCUUACAGAAGUUGCUUCUCUCAACGAUAUACAACCAACAUACCGGAUUUUAAAACCAUGGUGGGAUGUGUUUAUGGACUAUUUGGCUGUUGUUAUGCUUAUGGUGGCCAUCUUUGCAGGCACCAUGCAAUUAACCAAAGAUCAAGUAGUUUGCCUUCCAGUUUUGCAAGAAUCAAAAAGUGAAAACCAACAUGGAAGCCUAGGAACCAUACCACUAACUACAGCAGAUAACAUAGCCCAUGAGAUUCAACACACCCCAACACCAAGCCCUGCAAGUAAAAUAUCUCGGCCAGAACCUACAGGACGCAAAACCAACUUGGAUUAUCAGCAGUAUGUUUUUGUUAACCAGAUGUGCUAUCAUGUGGCCCUGCCUUGGUACUCCAAGUACUUUCCUUAUCUUGCUCUGAUUCACACAAUUGUUCUCAUGGUCAGCAGCAACUUCUGGUUCAAGUAUCCAAAGACGAGUUCGAAGAUCGAGCAUUUUGUUUCUAUUUUGGGGAAGUGUUUUGAGUCCCCUUGGACUACAAAAGCUCUGUCUGAAACGGCCUGUGAAGAUUCAGAAGAGAACAAGCAGCGACUAACUGGUGCGACUUCUUCUUUACCAAAGCACAUGUCGAACAGCAGUGACGAUGCGAGUCCAGGUCAGACGACCCCAAUGCUGACAAAAACAGGGGUGAGAUUUUCUGCAGAAAAACCCGUUAUCGAGGUUCCUUGCAUGACUAUUUUGGAUAAGAAAGAUGGCGAACAGGCCAAGGCGCUUUUUGAGAAGGUCAGAAAGUUCCGUGCCCAUGUUGAGGACAGUGACUUCAUAUAUAAACUGUAUGUUGUUCAGACUGUGAUCAAAACUGUCAAGUUCAUUUUGAUUUUGUGCUAUACCUUAACCUUUGUAGCUGCAAUCACUUUUGACCACAGAUGUGAGCCAAAAAUAGAGCAUCUAACAGGCUACUCCAAAUUUGACUGCACUCACAACAUGGCAUUUAUGUUAACAAAGCUGCUAGUCAGCUACAUUGCCCUCAUUUGUGUCUAUGGCCUUGUCUGUUUGUAUACCCUGUUUUGGUUAUUUAGGCGCCCUUUGAAGGAAUACUCCUUUGAGAAAGUACGAGAAGAAAGCAGCUUUAGUGACAUUCCAGACGUUAAGAAUGACUUUGCAUUCCUUUUGCACAUGGUGGACCAGUAUGAUCAGUUGUAUUCCAAACGGUUUGGGGUUUUUCUGUCCGAGGUCAGUGAGAACAAGCUUCGUGCGAUUAGCCUGAACCAUGAGUGGGUCUAUGAGAAGCUGCGACAGCACGUAACAAGGAACGCCCAAGACAAGCUGGAGCUUCACCUCUUCAUGCUGUCUGGGGUCCCUGAUGCAGUGUUUGACCUCACCGACCUGGACAUCUUAAAGCUGGAACUGAUACCUGAAGCCAAGCUGACUGCUAAGAUUUCUCAAAUGACCAACCUUCGGGAACUGCAUUUUUACCACUGUCCUGCCAAGGUGGAGCAGACGGCUUUCAGCUUUCUCCGCGACCACCUACGGUGCCUUCAUGUCAAGUUUACAGACGUUGCUGAAAUUCCAACCUGGGUCUAUUUGCUUAAAAACCUGAGGGAACUGUACUUGGUAGGUAAUCUGAAUUCUGAGAACAACAAAAUGAUAGCCUUGGAGUCUCUCAGAGAUUUGAGACAUCUGAAGAUCUUGCAUCUCAAGAGUAACCUCACCAAGAUUCCAACAAAUAUCAUUGACCUGUCCCCACAUUUAACCAAACUAGUCGUACACAAUGAUGGAACCAAACUUGUAGUACUGAACAGCCUAAAGAAGAUGAUGAACUUGGCUGAACUGGAGCUGCACGACUGCGAACUUGAGAGAAUUCCUCAUGCCAUAUUUAGCUUAACUAAUUUGCAAGAGCUGGACCUGAAAUCAAAUAACAUUUGCACAAUUGAAGAAAUCAUUAGCUUGCAGCACCUCAAACGACUAACCUGUCUUAAACUGUGGCACAACAAAAUUAUCACCAUUCCUUUAUCAAUAAGCCAUGUCAAGAACCUUGAAUGGCUGUACCUUUCUAACAAUAAACUGGAAUUGCUGCCCACGUCGAUCUUCCUACUCCAGAAGCUCCGAUAUUUAGAUGUGAGUUACAACAACAUUACGGUAAUUCCCAAUGAAAUUGUCUCCCUGCAUGACCUGCAGCAUUUUGCCAUAACAGGAAACAAAGUGGAAAUCUUGCCCAAACCCCUUUUUAAAUGCACAAAGAUAAGGACUUUAUUCCUGGGACAGAACUGCAUCACCGCAAUCCCAGAUGAAAUAGGCCAGUUGCUGCAGCUUACUCAGCUUGAACUAAAGGGAAACUGCUUGGAUCGCCUCCCAUCACAACUAGGUCUCUGCCGACUUCUCAAGAAAAAUGGUCUUAUUGUAGAGGACCACCUUUUUGACACCCUGCCCCUGGAGGUGAAGGAAAUGAUCAAUCUCGAGUCUACUGCCCCCCUUUGCUAAUGGUGUGUAAUUUUACAGAAGCCGAACAAACUCUACAAUGAUAUUUUUAUGUAUCCCAAACACAUAAGUGGACUAGUGUGGAGGGAGAUGAGAGUUCACAUCCAUAUUCUGCUGGUCAGGUUUCGAUGGGAACUACAGUUGUGAGUGAUGGUAGAGGUUCGCUUUCCUUAAUCGCUUGUUUAUAGAGCAGAUUAUUGUCAACAAACCUACUAGAGCUGAGUUUCUGAUUUAACAGUGAGACACCAAGCAUAUGAGAGAUUAAUAAUAAUAAAAACACACACACUUGUCAAGCCACAAAAUGUCAUUUUACCAUCAUUUUAGUAUAACAUUGGGUUAUGAAAACUUCAACUUUUUAGUCUUUAGUUGCUAGAUAACCCCUAAUACCUAUUGCAUUGGUACAGAGCACCCCCAAAGAAACUUAACAAAAUGUGCAUCAGUAACUUAGUACAGAGUGCUUAUAAAGUUUGCAGUGGAAGGAUGUCGGUUUGUAAUGCUGCUGGUGUAGGGCACUGUUGGCUGUGAGUGUGCUGUAUAUGUACUCCUCAGUGUUCAUAUUUACCAUGCUUAAUGUAUUUCUGCAGCUUCUCGUGCGAAGCUGCUCCGCACAGGAGCUGUUUCAAACCAGCUGCUGGUAUAGCUUUUUGAUUAUGUACUCCAAGGUCAUUCAUAGUAAAGGGCUAUUCACACUAUAGUGUUUAUUUGCUGCGUUUUUUAUGCCUGACGUUUCGCUGCUAUUUUUGUAUUCAGGCUUGCACAUCAAGUAUUACAGGCAAGGUGGGGGAACAUACCUAUAGCUGUGCAGAAUAUCUUGUUCUUCAUGAUAAGCAGCACAAGAAAGAUCUCUAUAAAGAAUACAAACAAAUUAUGGGAAAAUAUGAGGAAAUCGGGAAGUAAACACUAUUGGUAUGCUAAAAUAAACACACUGCUUUUGACUGCAAGUUUUUUGUUAAAUGGCAAGGUGUAGCUUCAAGAAAGUGCAUGAAAUGACUGCGUUCGGUAGUCCUUCUAAUUUUGUUCAAACAAUGUUUUCGUUGUCAAUAAUUGCUUGAGAUUAUUUGUUACCAAUGCAGCGUCUGUAUGACACGUGUCGCAUGCUUCUUUUUUUAUAGGCACCCCGGGCUCAGGGUGCCCAUUCGCGCUGCACACACCCAACCUAUCGGGGCUCCCCGCCCAGUAAUAUAUUUUUUUCCAUUUCAUAGCUACGUGCAUAAAUACAACAGAAUUUGUAGGCUGCUAUACACAUACAUACGUGUUUGUGUAGAUCUUUCUUUCUCUUCUUAUUUGGAAUAAUAACCACAUGACAGCUUCAUCCGAUCCAUAUUUUGCCUUCAGAUUUGUCCAAAUUUAGCAGGACAGGAUGGUGAUCCCUGUGUUCUUCGCAGUGAAUUUCGCAUAAGUUUGAAAGAUAGUAUUCAAUUCCAUAGGUUCUAUUGUUUUAGUUUUUAACCUUUAGAAAAUAGGGCAAAUAAAUGCUGUAGUGUGAAUAGCCCUGAAGUCUUGAAUGAACUCCUGUUUUAAAAGGAGAUAAUUCCAAGUGUUGCAAAACUAACUUAUUGAGGGGGCUUAAGAGAUGGCUGUUCAGUAUUUUUUAGUGUACGAUAUUGGUUGAAAUAUCCAAUACUUAUGGAUGUACUAAAGUCACCCCCCCCCCCCAUGUCGUCUUUGCAAACAAUGUAACAAGUUGUUUUUUCAAGUAACCAUGAACAGCUGAUGGGAUCUGACCAGGAACAAUUUCAAGUAAUCUAAGUAAGUUGUUUAUUUGCUAAUUAAUAAAGCAAUCAGUAAGCCAGUACAUUCUCAACAGUAAUACAGGUGGUGUUGCAUCAUUUGAUAUACGUGAGCUGUAUUGGAACAGAGAUGAACAGUAAGAAACAAGGUUUUAGCUGAAACCUUUUACAGGACCAACAAAUAUGUUGACGUAUUCCUUAUAUUAGCAGAUGUUGUUUUUACAGUGAAAUCUGAAUAAAUCAUACCUUAAAAACCAUUCAUCUUUGGGAGGCCUUGACCCAGUCAGACUUUACUUGCAGUCUAUUUAUCUGACAGUGUAUUUUGAAUGGGGAAAAUAAAACCAGUUGCCUAGGCAUUGUAUUGAAAAUGUAGAAUGCUAAAUGUUUGUUUUACAUCUGUUUUGCAUUUUUCAAUGCCUUCGUAUGACUCUUUGUUCACAGAUCACUAAUAAACUAGAAAGCACCCUAUCGUUGUGGAACCAAAUCCUAUCCUCUGUACACAGCUGCUUCACUCAACUUUGCAUUUAGACAUGACAAAUGCACAGGGUAUUCGGGAAGCUUAAACUAUGAAUAUACGUUGCUCUGGUUUUAUGACUUUAUUAUGUUUAGUGGGGUCAUUUCCUGUCCCUCAAUGAUGGAAAAAACUGGAGAAUCACUCUUCCAAACACACACAGCAUUAAAAGUUUGCAGAAAUAAAAUCCAACAAAAAUUAUGUCCCCACACAAAACAAAACAAAAGGUACCCGUUUUUAAUUACUUUAACCUAGUUUAUUUCUGUUUUUAAGUAGUUACAGUAAACUAAAAGAAACUCUUGACAAACAUAUCAACAAAGUCUUUUGCACAGUUUAUUUAAAUUUAUUGCUACAUAUUCUACCACUGAGUGUGUUUUAUAGCUAGGGAUGGUUUGUUUCUAUUUUGUCAAGUAUUAACCGAAACAAGAUACCUGUAGUUUUAAGCUGUGGGAAGGCUUAUUGUGCCGUUUGCUAUUGUACAGUUUUUUUUUAUUAUUUAUAAUUAAUAAAAUAUUAUUCUGCUGUUUACUUUUUUUGUUGCUUUGUGCACCAUUAAUAAUUUAUUGCCAGUGGGAGAAUUAUGAGGGUCAAGUUUUAGUGUAAACUGUGAAACUUCUAACCAAUCGGCACUAUAAUGCCUGGUUAACAUAACCAAAAACGUUUGAUGGAAACAAUUUGGAUAACUGAUUUUCCACUAGGACGUGCACAUAAAAACCAACAUGUUAUUCUAAUGUGUAGCAUUAUUUGCUUGUGUUUGUCUACGAUGUUGAACAGCGUUCCUUGUGUAUUGUAUUUUUAUUAUGUGAAAAUUAUGUGAAAACACCCCAGCCUUUUUCUUCAUUUUAUGUAACCAUGUAAUUGUAUGAUACUUAAAGAAAACCCUGCCUGAAUUGUUUUGAUUUUUGUGCAUGAUAGCACAAUUCUAGUGAAAUUGCAUGCAGUAGAUGUCAGAAUGAAACAUGUUUCAAACAGGGGCAUGAGGGUGUUUCCCAUCACAAUAAUGAACAAUACAUUUCUGAGAUUUCUGCUGCAUUUUUUUUGUUUGUUUGUUUUCUUAAUAGUGUAGAUGCUUACACUAAAAUUGCAAACGUUUUUGAUGGUUUUCUUGGAAGAAAAAAUAAAAUAAAAAUGAAUGCA